AUGAGUGGUACUGACAAUGAACUUGUUCAAAGCGGAUCGUUUGACCCAUACAACACGUGGAGGACACUUGUCACUCUCAACCCAGUCGGUGAUUUUGAUCAUAUGAGCGAGGAAGAACGGACUGUUGCUAUUUGUUUGGAGACGCACGAUGGCAAACUUCGAAACUACAGAGGCUCGGUUACUUUUGAUCGAUUUGCAAACACCGCUUCCUAUCGCUUUCUCUUGUCCGUCUACCGUGUCAAGGAUGUCAAGAACCCAGGCGGAAAGACGGUGGAAGAGGAGCUGGCCGAUACUAUUGACAUUAUCCCACUCCGUUUGACAAGUCGAUUCACGUGGUCGACUGAUGCGGAUCAGAUGAAAGGUAAAGAGACCAAUGGUCGAUGGAUUACGCUCUUGUUCAACCGGGAUGAAGAUGCUCAAACUCCAGACAGCAUUAAACAAAUUGAUUUGAUCGUUCCCAAAUCAAAGACCUCCGACAAUGGAAAGCUUCUAGCACUUGCAGUGGAAUGGGCAAAGCACGUUGUGAAGGCCAGCAUUGCUGAAAGCAACUUUGAGAAGGCGAAAUUGAAAUUGAAAGAAAAGGGUUUGCUGAACUGA